AAUGGUAGAACUAUCGAUUUCAGACCAUCUGUUGGGCUCGCUGCACAUGCUAAAUUUGUUUUGAUUUUUAUAAACCUUUAAUUUGUUUUGAAUCGAAUCCAAAAUGGCAUACGUUGCACUGAGCGAAGCAGAGAAAACAUUCAUACUGCACGGCGUGGAGGACGACUUUCGCUGCGAUGGACGUUCUCGCCGGGAUUAUAGGCCUAUGGAACUGGAAACGGGACUGGUCAGCAAUGCCAGUGGCUCCGCUCGCCUGCGCCUUGCCAACACAGACAUCCUGGUGGGAGUGAAAACUGAGAUAGAUGUACCCGAUUCCCUUACGCCAGAAUUUGGAAAACUGGAGUUCUUUGUGGACUGCUCUGCCAAUGCCACGCCAGAGUUUGAGGGACGCGGGGGCUCGGAUCUGGCCCAGGAACUGGUGCUGUCCCUGCAGAACGCUUACGAAUCGCCACUGGCGUUCGACUAUCGCACCUUGUGCCUCAUUCCGGGUCAGCAGUGCUGGAAACUGUACAUCGACAUAUUGAUUCUGGAGUGCGGUGGCAAUCUGCAUGACGCCGUCUCUCUGGCUGCCAAGGCGGCUCUUUUCAACACCAAAUUGCCCCGUGUAACGGCCACUCUGUUGGAUGCCGGGAUCACAGACCUCAUCAUAUCGGACAACCCUUACGACUGCACCCGCAUCGGCAUUGAAACCGUUCCGCUCUUGGUUACCGUCUGCAAAAUUGGCGACUAUUGCCUUGUUGAUCCUUCAGCGGAGGAGGAAGUUUGCAGCACAGUCAGCGUGGUUGUGUCCGUAUCCAUGCGCAAUGGAGAGGCAUUCCUUUCGGGCACUCACCUAACAGGCGGUGGAGCCAUGCACCGGGACACCAUGCGCAACUGCCUUCAACUGGGCCUGUCCAUUGGAGAGCAUCUGGACCAGCUGCUUACCAAGAUGCUUAAACUGGAGCAGGAGCGCGCAGGACCCAAACGUCCGCAGACGGUUGGGUUUCUUAAAUAAAGCAUAUGUGGCUUAGAA